GGUAGGCUAAGCCACCAAGCGCUACUAAGUGCUUGGCUUGGACAGUUGUGUGUGUGGAGGUUUGUGCAAAGACGUCACGAAAUGAACGUGUAUGUGGUGAAUGACGCUUCACGUUGUUCUGUAUCACGCCUUUGAUGUGAUUGUGUACAUAUUUGGGUUAUUAGUGGUAGAAGUGAAACUUUGUGAAUACAUCUGGUAGAGGUAUAGGCCAGGAGGUCUGUGGCCUCCAGUUCGUGACCGCGAGUGACCCGCCAAUCUAUGGGUCAAGGUAGACGUCAGAAUUUCGGUGUUUAUUUUGACAAAUACUAGCGGUCAACCUGGCUGGCAGUCCUGGUGUGGGGGAUGACCCCGCUACGAUGUUGGAUUGGGAGGAAGCGGAUAGGUUUUCUUUCGAAGAUUCGGAUAGGUUUGAAGAAGAUUCGCUGUGUAGUUGGAGCAGUGAACCAGAGUCAUUGUGUAACAACUGGAGAGGAUGGAAAAAGCCAGUUCUGGGCUCUGGAUCAUUUGGACCAUCGAAAAGAUCAACAGAAGAAGGUGGGUUCGUGGUGCCAUCACUGGGUGAACUGACUGCACGGUGCGUGGCAGCACACAUACCGUUCGAGCUGGUGGAGCAUGUCUACCCUCCAGUGCCUGAACAGUUGCAGCUCAGAAUCGCAUUUUGGAGUUUCCCAGACAAUGAGGAGGACAUCCGUCUGUACUCUUGUCUGGCCAAUGGCAGUGCAGAUGAAUUCCAGAGGGGAGAGCACCUCUUCAAGAACCGAGCUGUCAAGGAUCCCCUGCAGAUAGGCUUCCAUCUUAGUGCGAGUGUUUGGCCACCUCCAAGUGUGGGGCAAGUUCGGGGACAGUACAAUGUGGCAGUGACAUUUGAUCGGCGGCGUAUCACAUCCUGCAAUUGUACCUGCUCUUCAACCGCGUACUGGUGUUCACAUGUUGUUGCCGUAUGCCUUCACAGGAUACAUCAGCCAACUCAAGUUUGCCUGCGGGCUCCAGUGAGCGAGUCAUUGUCAAGACUUCAUCGUGAGCAGUUGCAGAAAUUUGCUCAGUAUCUGAUCAGUGAGCUGCCGCAACAGAUUCUGCCCACUGCUCAGCGUUUACUGGAUGAACUGCUCUCUUCACAACCGUCAGCCAUCAACACGGUGUGUGGCGCUCCAGAUCCCACAGCUGGUGCCUCGGCCAAUGAGCAGACAUCGUGGUAUUUGGAUGAAAAGACGCUCCAUGACAACAUCAAAAAAAUACUCAUCAAAUUCUGUGUGCCAGCCCCAAUCGUGUUCAGUGAUGUGAACUACCUAAGUGCAGCAGCACCUCCAGCGGCUGCUGAAUGGAGCAAUCUGUUGAGACCACUACGUGGCAGAGAACCAGAAGGCAUGUGGAAUUUGCUGUCUAUUGUUCGUGAGAUGUUCAAGAGAAAUGAUCGCAAUGCCAUACCUCUUCUGGAAAUAAUCACCGAGGAAUGCAUGGCUUGUGAACAGAUUCUGGUUUGGUGGUUCAACACCAAGGUGGCUCUGCAUAAUGGCAGCUCUGGCCAUGGUGGGGGAAAGCACAGCAAUAUGAACAGCAAUAGUCACACAUCACAGCAUGCCUGCUCUUCUCUUUGUGACGAGAUUGUGGUAUUGUGGCGGUUGGCAGCCCUGAAUCCUGGCCUGUCUCCUGAAGAGAGAGAGCUCCUUCAUGGCCAGUUCAGGGAUUGGCACCUUAAAAUUGUUGAAAAGGUGACAAAGAGUCGUGGGGGUGGUGUGUCCAACAACCAGUCACUAACAAGCAGCAGUUCUGGAGGGAACGGCAGUGGUAGUUGUGGCACGAACAUGAAAAAUGUCAGCAUUUUCCGCAGCGAUGUGGAAGUGUUCACGGGAUUCAAGCCAGCUAUUGAAGCGUGCUACAUGGAUUGGGAAGACUACCCCCUCCCCGGCAUAACGUACACCAGUGGGUUUAGUCGGCUGUACCACUGUCCCUUCACUUGUUUCCGCCAUGCUGGCGAUUCACCUCGUGCAGAAAGUCUUGUUGUGAACCAGGUAAACUCAUCACAAGCUGUUCUGUACUGUGAGCACCCGUCAACAACUCAUCAUCAUACACAUCAUCAUCAUCAUUAUCACCAUUAUCAUAACCCACACUUACUCAGUAUCAAUCACAUCCAUAGUAAUCAUCAUACGAGCGGGAUGGGCAAACGUCCCACCCGGAUCAGAGAGCUUGUAGAAUUCUCGUACACCCACCAUGAUUUAUCUCUCUCUCCGAUCGCGCUGAGCGGUGUGUCCAAUCUUAACAAUAGCAGGGACCGGGAUGGAAACCGCUCAAGUGUCAGCAGUGAAGGGUUCUGCGAAAAUGAUGCAGAUACCGAUAUCUUGAAUGAGAGUGGUGUUUUAAUAGGACCAACACUGCAGGUCAGUAGUGGCGACACUGAUUCACAGGAAGGUGGUGGUAGUGACUCAGCAAGCAGCAGUGGGACUAGCACCAGCAUCAGUAGGAUUGCAGAUGAUCCUCAUAAGAAACAGCGACCUGGUCCGAGUUCUAUUUCUCUCAGAAACACUCAUCUCAAAUCUGUGGCCAGUACAGAAAGUCAGAGUGAAGACAGUGAUAACAACUGCAGAAGAAAGACUGGCACUAGUAAAAUGUGUAUGGACUUUAAUGCAGUUCCAUCAGGGAGUGUGUCAUCAGUUAUGGAUGAUACAGGUUGUUUCUCUGAUCUCAGUAAUAAUACUUCAAACCUUAUUCCCCCUCCUGAAUCUUCAAGGUCACUCAGUACCAGCGCUUCUAAAAGUGCUACCAGUUUUCUAAUAACUACGCCAGCACCGUCAUCUUCAUUGUCCCAAAGGAAACUACAGCUGCAGUCCUCGAACUUGAGUUCACCCUCCGUAUCCCAGCCAGAAGUUCUGGAUGCAGAUUCAGAUGUUUCAGGAGGUGGAGUGUCUCCCCCAGAAGACUCAGAAGCCUCCCGUCGACCGUCCAAAGAUGAGUCAUUAUCGUCUUCAAACUCUGACUCGCAACAAUCAGGAGAUGAAUACAACGUGUAUUACUAUGACCCUAAAGCCCUACUGUCGAACAGUAAUGAUGCAGGCAUCAGUAAUGUCAGUGCAGGUGUUAGUGGGAAUGCCAGUGGAGUCGGCGGUUCGACUGGUGGCAGUAGCGGGGGCAGCGAGAAAAAGUCUGCAACGAAACGAGAUGACCAGAACCCUCUGUCGCCGUCUACUGUAUUUGUUAACCUGAAAAAGAUGGAAGAUGUGUGGGAUGUCCUGUUUGCCAGAGCUGAGGGUCUCCAUGCACAUGGUCACGGGAAGGAGGCCUGUACACUGGGAGUCAGACUGGCUAAAGAGUUGCUGGUUAAUCCUCCAGACCUCAUGGUUGAGCUGCCACCACUUCCUGCCAAGGGCAAGAGAAAGAAACAGGUGAAUCCAGCGUCACACCAACUGAGCUGUUUGGCAUCCGCUACUCUUGCCAAGUGUGCGUUUCUUUGCACGGUAUUGGCUGAGAACUUGGAACACUUCCAUCUUGCUUUCUGUGUCGGCAUGUUUGGGCUUGAGAUGGCCCGGCCCCCUGCCAGUACCAAACCACUUGAGGUGAAAUUAGCCAACCAGGAGUCUGAACUUGUGAACUUGCUGAAACGGAUCCCUCUUGGAAACUGGGAACUAAAGAUGAUCCGGGAAAGGGCUGAACAGUUAAAGGAAGGCACAUUACGCUCCAGGGGUGAAGCUUUGCUCCCAAUAAUGCUUGCCAGCUUCAUCUUCGAUGUUCUUGUGGUGCCAGCAACAGUUGGUCGCGAUCCAAGAUGUCAACUGCUGAAUCCAUCAUUGAGGUUACCAACUGAUGAGGCCCUAGGAUUUGAGGCAGCAGUAGCAGCACUAGGACUGAAAGCUAACGUCUCUGAGGCCGAUCAUCCAUUGCUGUGUGAGGGAACCAGAAGACAGAGGGGGGACCUGGCCAUUGCACUGCUUGUGCACUAUAAAGAUGACCCUGGGAAGGUGGCUCGUAUCAUGGACAAGCUGCUCGACAGGGAGGUGCACCAGCUCCUGAAGACACCAAUAGUGAGUUCGAUGUACUCCAGCAAUCCAUCCACCAAGAGUCAGCUUUCUAGUUGUCGGAGGAAGGAAGAGGUAUGUAACAGUGAAGCCCCAUCUUCUCCCAUGGUCAGUGCUAUGGGAUCUUCAUCCGAUCCAAUCCUGGCUGAGAACACUGCCAUGUCAGCAGGUCCGAGUAGCCGUCCACAUAGCUCAACCAGUGCUGAGGUGGAGCAGGGGUUGGCCACCCUGUCCCUCAGUAGUCCAGCAGCUGCAGCCACCACAGGGGCCCCCAGUACUGUGCAACAAGUGACGUCCACUCGCACCAAAGAGGCAUCUAGAUUUAAAGGAAAACGAGCAUAUCCAUCGAUACCAAACCAACCUUCAGAAGCAGGUGCACAUUUCAUGUUUGAGCUAGCGAAAACGGUGCUGACAAAGGCUGGGGGAAAUAGCAGCACAUCAUUGUUCACUCAAGCAUCAACAUCGCAGAACCACCAUGGUCCUCACCGUGCACUCCACAUCUGUGCCUUCCAGAUCGGACUGUACGCUCUCGGUCUGCACAACUGUGUCAGCCCCAACUGGCUGAGCCGCACAUACUCCUCUCAUGUGUCCUGGAUCACAGGCCAGGCAAUGGAGAUAGGGGCUCCGGCCAUCUCCUUCCUCAUCGACACCUGGGAAGGGCAUCUGACUCCUCCUGAAGCAGUCAGCAUUGCCGACAGGGCUUCUCGGGGCUGUGACCUUAAUAUUGUUCGAGCUGCAGCAGAACUGGCGCUCUCGUGUCUACCUCAUUCUCAUGCUCUCAACCCGAAUGAAAUCCAGAGGGCUAUCUUGCAGUGCAAGGAGCAGAGUGAUCUCAUGCUGGAACAUUCGUGCCUCACUGUGGAACAUGCAGCAAAGGGAGGUGGUGUUUACCCUGAAGUGUUGUUUCAAGUGGCAAAGUACUGGUAUGAGCUAUACAUGACGCACACGCCUGGCGGUGGAGAACAGCCUAUGGAAAACGACAUGCCUCACGAAGCCAUAACUUUAGAUACAAACAGUGGAGCUCUUGUUGCUAUGGUGGAAUCAACACCACCAUCCAUAGAUAUGGCUCAACAGCUACCCACAGGCCUGGUUCCUUCCAGCACAGGCAUUUUGCAGGGCAACCUUGCAGGCACGCCAACUGCCCAGUCUGUGGUUGUGACGACCACACCUCCUCCGACAUACCCACAGCAUCCCACAGUCACGACAUUGGCACCGCUCGGUGUUGGUAUGAGCGUCCCAUACACCGUCAGUCCAUACAGCUUUGCAGUCCAGGGUCUGCAUCCUCACCCCCAUCACCAUCCGCAUUUUGGGAGUCCACUAAAUCAUCAUCCCUGCACAGUAACACUUCCACCCCCACCCCAUCUACAGAUGUAUCUCUCUCCACCUGCAUUCCAGUAUCCGCCACAUGCUUCCAAUCAGCAGGCAGCAUAUGCUAACCUCCCUCCCAAUGCAGGCGCUCCAGGCUUGCCACCAAAUCUGCAGUAUUAUGGAACAGCUGUAACGCUUGCCCCAACCACUUCUGCGGCCGUUGGAAUGAGAGCUGCAGCAGUUGUGGCUAAUGCAAAUGGAGCUCCACCUCCACACCACCAUGUGUAUCCGAUUGCCGCCACCACCAUCCAGCAGGGUGGCACUCUGCAGGUACACAGGCAGCAACCCCAGCAGUUCAACCAGACGCAGAUGCGAUACCUGUUGGCAGCAUACAGGGUAGGUAUGUUGGCCCUGGAAACCUUGGCCAGAAGAGUUCAUGAUGACCGGCCACAAGCCAAGUAUGCACGCAACCCACCAUAUGGAGAAGACGUCAAAUGGCUUCUCCGGGUAGCUAAAAAACUUGGAACACAGUAUCUACACCAGUUCUGUGUGUGUGCGCUAAACAGCAUAGUCAGCCCAUUUGUUCUGCAUGAUGUAGCGUUGGAAGCAGCACAUUAUCUCUCUCGGAACAAUCCAGGCCUCAUCAUGCAACAUUUGCGCUCAGCCCUCACUCCCCUCGUGCAGAAGUGCCAGCAAAUGUACAUCCAGUGUAUGCACCAGAAGCUGUACCAUCUAACCACAGCUGAUUAUGAAGAGUUUGUGAACAUUGUCUGCUCUGCACGAGCAGCAUUUCAGAUCACUCCCGAGGGAAACACCCAGUUUAAAGAGUGGCUGCAGUCUAUUCGCAGGUCCAAGUCAUGCAAAAAGGAUCUUUGGGCACAAAUCAAUGCAGCACUUCAAGCAAACAGCAAAUGACAAAGGCCAGAUCUAGGCG